AUGAAAACGCUUCCAGUAGAUUUCUCGCUUAAAGUGGUUAUCGGCUUGCCGGCUUCUGUGAAACUUGGACUUUUCGAUGAUUUUUUUGUCGAGAUGGUGCUUGCCAUAGACGUGGAAGCCGUAGUAGUAGCCAUUGGGGUUUUGACGGUAGUCGGCGGAGUUUUUGUUAAGGAAGUCGAUAAGGGAACUUUUGCUGUAGUUGUCGUAUUGGUAGUCGUCUUAGUCGUUGAAGUUGUCGUUUUUGUUGUUGAUGUUGUUGAGGUGGUGGUGUUGCUGGUGGUGGGGGUGAUUGUCGACGGUGCAGUAGUGGUAGAAGAAUAG